GUGGGGAAGGGCUUAAAGGCUGAGUCAAAAGCCAAGAAGUCUCUUUAUUUACGCCUACCUCCCAGCCCCUGGCAAUCUGACUAAUAACAAACUGAGCUAACAGGAAAGACUAGAAAGAACAGAGAGAACACAGGAGCAGCUUGCAUCUAAAAAUCUGACAAACCAAGUGAUCAAGUCAAGCUCUGCUGAGCAUCUUGUUUAUUUACUGCAUCCAAAUGCUUGCAAACAGUUAACUAUAUGCAGAAAAGUCAGCCUAGCUGUGAAGUAUGCUGUGAAUUUUAAUUGAGGAAAAAGGACAACUGCUUACAGGAUGGUCUGAUGUGCACGGCUGCCUGGAAGAUUUUUUUCAAUUGAAUGCUUUGUACUUUGUCUUCUGAACAAGGAUUUUAACUUUAUGGAGCUGUAGCAUUACUAGAGCUUGCAGCAAAGUGAAACUCGGAAGAAAGUGUGCAUUUUUCACUGGGAAAAUUUACAUUUCAUUGAAGCAGCUGCUCCAACAGUGCAUUGCUGAGUGUUUCAGGGAGUGUUACUGCUGUACAGAAUCUACUGGACAAGAUGAAGCUUUGGACUUUUAUUCUAUACUCAGUUGUGGUUGCAUCUGAUCCUUUCCAGUCACAGCCCUCUUUUUCUUCAGCCAGAGGAUCUUGUCAGAGUCUGUGUUCCUGUGAAGAAAAGGAUGAUACCAUUAUAAUAAACUGUGACGAAAGAGGCAUCAAGAUGGUUUCAGAAAUAAAUGUCCCACCAUCACGGCCUUUCCAUCUUAAUUUGUUAAACAAUGGCCUGAGUAUGUUACACAUGAAUGAAUUUGCUGGCCUUGUUAAUGCUAUCUCUCUACAUCUUGGUUUUAACAAUAUUGCAGAUAUUGAGCCUGGGGCUUUCAAUGGUCUCAGCCUUCUAAAACAACUUCAUAUCAAUCACAAUUCUUUAGAAACACUUAAAGAAGAUACGUUUAAUGGAUUGGAAAAUUUGGAGUUUCUUCAAGCAGACAACAAUUUCAUCACAGUGAUUGAAGCAAGUGCCUUUAGCAAGCUCAACAGGCUUAAAGUGCUUAUUUUGAAUGAUAAUGCCAUUGAGUAUCUUCCUCCAAACAUAUUUCGUUUUGUACCAUUGACCCAUUUAGAUCUGCGUGGAAACCAGUUACAGACACUGCCCUAUGUUGGCUUUUUGGAACACAUUGGUAGAAUACUUGACCUUCAGCUGGAAGACAAUAAAUGGGUCUGUAACUGCGAUUUGUUGCAGCUCAAGAUAUGGCUAGAAAACAUGCCUCCUCAGUCAAUAAUAGGUGAUGUUGUAUGCAAUAGUCCUUCAGUUAUUAAAGGCAGCAUCUUAAGCCGGUUGAAAAAAGAAUCACUUUGUCCCACUCAUCCUGUCAAUGAACUUGAAGAUCCUUCAGGGUCACUACCCCUGGUUGUGACCACCUCUAUCAGUGAUAGUCACCUAUCGACUAAGGUGAUUCCUCUUCUGAAAGCUCCUACUAAAGAACCAAGUUUAGUGCUUCACACUUCAAAGCCUACUACGUUUCCAGGAAUCUCUUGCCCCGUCCCCUGUCACUGCACCAGCCAUAUGCUCUCAGGAGUUCUUAUGCACUGCCAGGAGCGAAAUAUUGAAAGUCUGUCUGACUUAGGACCACCUCCUCCAAAUCCUAAAAAGCUUAUUCUGGCUGGAAACAUUAUUCAGACAUUACUGAAAUCAGAUCUGGUGGACUACGCCAGCCUGGAAAUGCUUCACCUGGGGAAUAAUCGCAUUGAAAUCCUUGAGGAAGGUUCCUUUAUGAAUCUGACUAGACUACAGAAAUUAUAUCUCAAUGGUAAUCAUCUUACCAAGUUAAGUCAGAAUCUCUUCCUUGGCCUUCAGCACCUUGAGUACUUGUACCUUGAAUAUAACGCCAUCAAAGAAGUUUUGCCAGGGACAUUUAAUGCAAUGCCAAAACUGAAAGUCCUCUACUUAAAUAACAACCUUCUGCAGGCUUUGCCACCCCAUAUCUUUUCAGGUAUUCCCCUCACAAGAUUAAAUCUGAAAACAAACCAAUUUGCUCAUUUGCCAGUGAGCAAUGUCUUGGAUGAGCUGGAUAUGCUGGUACAAAUUGAACUUGAAGACAACCCUUGGGACUGCACCUGUGAUUCAGUUGGGUUGCAAAAAUGGAUACAAAAACUGAGUAAGAAUACCAUGAUGGGUAGUAUUUUUUGUAAAUCUCCGGGGCAUCUAGCAAAAAAGGAAUUAAAAUCCCUGAACAGUGAAGUCUUGUGUCCAGGUUUAAUAAACAGCCCCGCCCUACCAACUCAUGCCAGUUUUGUAGUUGUGACAACUUCUUCUCCUACUGCUAACACUGCAGAUACCAUCCUGCGGUCCCUUACAGACGCUGUCCCACUUUCUGUUCUAAUAUUAGGACUGCUCAUUGUGUUUAUAACUAUUGUAUUUUGCGCGGCAGGAAUAGUUGUUCUUGUUCUGCACCGGCGACGAAGGUGCAAAAAGAAGCAGGUGGAUGAGCAAAUGAGGGACAGUAGCCCAGUUCGCUUGCAGUACAGCAUGUACGGGCAUAAGACAACACAUCACACGACGGAGCACCCAGCUGCUACUCUCUAUGAGCAACGUAUGGUCACCCCCAUGGUGCAGGUCUACCGAAGCCCGUCCUUCAGCCCCAAGCACACUGAGCAACAACAGCAGGAGGGAAGUGAGAAGGAUGCUAACGAUUGCAAAUAUCUUCGCCGAAGUCUCCUGGAAAGAGAGAACAGUUCACCACUUACAGGUCCAAAUGUCAAAUAUAAGGCUACAGAUCAAUCUGCUGAAUUUCUGUCUUUUCAGGAUGCUAGCUGCUUGUAUAGAAACAUUCUUGAAAAAGAGAGAGAACUCCAGCAACUAGGGAUCACAGAGUACCUAAGAAAAAAUAUUGUCCAGCUCCAGCCUGACAUGGAAGUUCAUUAUCCUGGAGCACAUGAAGAGCUGAAGCUAAUGGAGACACUCAUGUACUCCAGGCCAAGAAAGGUUUUUCUAGAACAAACUAAAAAUGAGUAUUUUGAACUCAAGGCUAACUUACAUGCUGAGCCUGACUACCUGGAAGUCCUGGAACAACAAACAUGAGGUGAUAAUAUUUUGGGCUGGGGCCGAAUUUCCGUAAUUUUAUUUUAAGUUGGAACCAUUGUAAAUAAAAGUGCCUUACAUGUCAACAGUCAGAACUUAAGCACAGCAGUAAUCCUAGCAAAGAAAAACUCAGGGAUCACUGUGGGAAGCCAUGGGACUGUGUGCAGGCAAUAUGUCUCACCCCAAAUAAAACAUGGAUUUAUGUGAUUGAAAUGUGGGAGGAAGAUUGCUUAUUGCAAUAUUCCUUAUAACUUAAAAAGAUGUGUAUGGCAUUCCAUUCUGUACCCAAUCUAUGGGAAAAUAUUCAUUACCUUUACUUUUUCUUUUUUUUUUUUUACCCUGCAUUUAAUUACAUUCCUUAAAAAAAUACCCCAAAACCCUCAAUACUUGUGUUUGUAUUUAUAUGGUUAGAGUGUAUUUGUUAGGUUACUACAUGCACUGCAUACAUGACCAGUCUACAACUACACCUAAAAUACCCUUAUAAUAAAUAUGAAAAGAGUUGAAAUGUUUUCAUACUAAAUGUCAAUUAAAAAGAAAAAGAUAAAAUAUUUUUGUGUGUGCACCCAGAGCCUGCAAAUAUUUAAGUAUUUUACACAGAACUUCAUCACGUGCAUUCUGUAUCGUAUGUGGAAGGAAAAAUAUGUAAUUAUGUUUACCCAAUAUCUUCAAUGAAGAAAAAGCAAGCCUUUUGCUACUUUCCCUAUCUGAUAGCUUUACCUAAGUUUGGACAAUCUUUUCUUGAGCUGCUGCUAUAAAAUAUUGUGCAUCACUGGUGUUUCAACUCAUAAUCCUGGGCAAUUGGAAAGGCUACUGAGAAUCAGUUGUAAAUAUGUUACUGUGUUUAUUAACUUUGAUUUUUUUAUAUAUAUACACAUGUAUAUAAAUAACUUCUGUGCUGGUUUAAAUAUUCUUGGAGAAAAUGAGUUUGCUGUGGCUAGAACUUCCAAGUGCAAAUACAGGUCCUUUCCCACCCUACCCAAAAGCAACACUCAGACAGAAUAACUGCAACAAUACACACAUGAGGAAGAAUAAUAGUGUUUAGUUCUUUGCACAAAAAUAUAUUUUCUGAAAUUAGAAGAAAAUAAAGUGUUGUGGGGAAAAUAGGUUAAAGAAAACAUAGAACACUGCAGGUUUAUUUUUUCAGUGAAUUCUUGCUAGAUUUAUAUUUACUAUUUAUUCUGUAUAAUUUUGUAUUUUUUUUUUUCCAACUCACAAGAAAAGAAAAAGCUUAUUCCUGGAGGCUUUUCAAGUUAGUCAAGCAACUUUUCCCUAUUAAUGAAAAGGAAAUAAAGAUUUUUUAAAAAUGUGUUUUUCUUAAAGGUCACUUUUUAAAGAAGGCAACAACUUCUGCAUGCAUGCACAAGUUUAAAACUAUUUGGGAAUUAAACACAAUGCUUCUCACUUUUGUCAUGGGGACAGAAGCAUCUUAUCCUGAGUGCAGUAAGGCCAUUCAAUGGCAACUCUGUGCAUGAUUGACAUGGUGCCAAAAGAAAAUUUCUGACCUGCAUUUAUCUUCCUCUGAGCAAAUCUUUUGUAAAAUGACUAUGCAUGAUUCUUUUUUCUAAUUCCUAAUUGUAAAGUGAAAGAUCAGCUUUAUUACUACAUGUCUACAUAUGUAUGCUAAAUUUAGCAUUACAGUCUUGAUAAAGUAAAAAGAUAUAUCCUUUAUUUCAUAUUACUGUUCAUGUCUUACCUGUUUGUAUAUAUGAAUGUGAGUACUUCAUAGUCUUUGUACAUAAAUUUCUGACAGACAAAUUUCCUACAUGACAAAUGGAAGUCAGAUUCUCAGUUCUUUCAAAUUUGCAAGAUAUAACAACUUUCAUGGUGCUAUGCUAAUUUCUACAAUUUGAGGAUCUGACUAUAUGUUGUCUCUUGGUUUACAAAAACCAAAAUUUCAGUUAUUAGAGAAUAAGUAUUAUUUCCUCUUUCUAUAUAUGAGAAUAAGUUAUUCAGAAAGCCUGUCUAUAUUGCAGGAUUAGGAAGAGAAAAUGUGGUGGUCACAUGUUCGUUUCAUUGUUAUCUUUAUUCCGGACAAGUAGAGACAAUGCUAAGUAUUACCUGUGCAGGUAAGGGUGAGACAAGGGAAAAUGCAGCUACAAUAAAUUUGCAUUAACUUAGUUAUCUAGUGUUAUUUUAGAUGUACUUGAAUUUACAGACCUGACAUAGAACCUAUGGAAACCCAUAUUUGGAUCUGGAUGAGCAGUUGGAGCCCAGGUGGGAUGGCUUAGAGCAUCCAAAUGACACUAGAUGUCUCUAUUUAAGUAAAUUAGUUUCACAGAGCAGAAAAAAUUCCAAAUAAAUUUGUUAUUUUUCAUAUUUAGGAUAGAAUGAAUAAUUGAAUUUAUUCAGUGGUGGUAAUACUAGAAAGCCUUGAAUACUGAAUAAGACCCAUUAAAUUGCACUUUUUCAAAUUCCCAGAGAUCUCAAAUUAGUGUAGAGGAAAAAAAAAGAAUAAAAGUAUAAAUGCUACUUGAUAACGGAGUUUAUUUUUUCAGUGUCUUUCAUUUCAGUAGUUAUUUCCAAACAAAAAAUGGGUGCAAAAAUAACACCCUACAAUUGGCAAGAUGCAGGGAAAUGAUGAUUCAAGCCCUCAGGCUUAGAUUUAAGAGAAAUAGCUUCAGACUAAAGACAAUUGCCACAUGCACAGAUGUCACUUUGCUUAGCUGCUAACAGUUACUUGGCAGAGUGUUGAGGACAACUGUGUGGCAAAACAUUCUUCUUUGUUGCAGUCUUAAAGCAUCAGAAAGAAGAGUGAGCUAAAUUAAUGUCAAAGCAAGUCCGUUACACAGCUGUAUCAGAGCAUCGCUCAGUAGGAUUAAAGAGACCUUUACCGUUCAGCUUUCCUUCAGCAGGGAAUUUCAUGCCUUUCAUCACAUAAGGGCAACUGUGCUCUGUGGCAGUCUGUAACACCACAAGUGGUUUGGCAGUAUUCAGGAAUCACUAGAAUGUGGCUCUCUGUCCACUUUCCUACCAUCAGUCCCUAGUGGACUGCCAUGUAAUGAGCGUUUGUAUAACGAGGAGAGAAGAGUCUGCACAUAGCCUUACAUUCAUACAGUGAUUUUUCUAGCUAUGAGGAAACUUUAUAUUGCAAUAAGAAAAAAGGACAAAAAUCUGAGCUUAUAUGAUUAUUCUUCAGUGGAAGAAAAUCAGUUAUCUGCUGACAAAAAUAAAAUUGAUAUAAGAAAGGCCUCACAUAAGAAAGAAGGAUGGAAUAUCUCUUUCUGAAAGUUCCUUGACACUUUUUCAUGAUAAAAAUUAGAAAUUUGUACAUAAUAUUACUAAUGUUUGCAGAAAGUUGGGAAAGGUAUUCAGAACUUUCCUUGUGAAAACCAUACACCUUUUUUUUUUAAUUUUAUUUUUUUCCCCUCCCAGUGACAGGUACAGUUAAGUGGUUUGAUACAUUUUACUUAGAUAGAAUAAUGGAGGUUGGAAGGCAAAGCAUGUUUGACAGUCUGCAACAAAGUGGAUCCAUUUUUCUCCUGUCAACAUGAUAGUUUAAUUGAGUGCGAGAACAGUGCUUCGUCAAGCACACUGCUGUAAGUGGCAGCUAUGUUAUUGUUGCUAGGGCACCUCGAGGUAACCAACACUACCAUUUUUCACCGCACAAUUCAGUGAAGAAAAUAUAUUAAGUAACACUACAGGCCCGUUUCCUAAAUAAACAUAUUAAAACAAUUUAUUGCACUUCCUUUUUUUAAGUUGUUUUUAUCAAAUUUGUAAACACAAAUGUAUUUCUCUUUCUUUUUCUUCCUGCUACAGUUAAUUUUCAUACAGAGUUUUAGUACUGAUACAUGUUUAUAUUGUCUGCAAGUGAUGUCUCUCCAAGCUUCUGAACAGAAAUAAACCCCAACAUCACACCCCAAAAUCCCUAUCCAACAAAACCUCUAAAUGCACACAUCAAUUAAGGUAUUUGCUUAUUGAGAAAUGGUCUAAUAUUUUUACAGAUUUUUAUCUAUUAGAAUGACAGAUCAACCUUUCUGUAUUUAUAUUUUAGACUUAAAAUUAGUUCAUAUUUAUUGGCAGUGAUGUGUCAAACCUAGCAAAUUGGAAGCCAAAACCUUUUAGCACACAGUCAUUGUUUCUCUGAUUGCAAUCUGAGGUUCAGGUUUUGCCUCUCUUUGCGUGACCAAAAUGUUGCUUGUUUGAUCCCAAACAGAAUAUGUAUGCCAUGUUCCACUUACCUACAUAGACAUUACUAGUUUUGUAGUACGCUAAACUGAAAAAAAAGUUUGACCAGGAUGGGAAAUCAUCUUAAAAAGUACGAUUUCUGUGUUGAUAAGAAAGGGUAUUUAUCAAUAAUAAGACAUUAUUUCACAGGAUAAAAUAAUAGUGGCAAGGGGAAAAUGGAGAUGGAAUCUCAAAGUCAUCAUCAGAAUGGAUUCUAGAUUAUCAGUCUGAGGAUGCCAUUGCCUACAACAAUAUACUUUAUCAGCUGCACCGAAACAAUCUGCAAGUUUCAUAUAGGAAUACUGAAAUCGUCAUGAGAUUAAAAAAACCCAAUCAAACACUUGCCUCAAUUCAAAAGAUCAACUGAGAAGUUUUGCUAAGACUGGCACAUUUGCCUUAUCCUGUGCUCCCUAACACAGAACACCUGCAUUUCUAUUAAUGAACUGGGGGCUCAUCCAUAGACAGCCCUCUGACGUCAUAACCUACUGCUGAAAUUGAAAUUAUUCCUUGGAGAAGUGUAUGUAUUUUGCAGUGUAUGUAUUGCCUUCAGUAAUCAGUUCCUCUGAGACUUGGUGAUCGGUGCACCCUCUGGGAUGUGAGACAGGAAAGAUGAUCUUGUAUCAUAAGUCAAAAGACUGUCUUUUUUUUUUAUUAUUUUCUGAAGCUUAUGAUAUUAUUGAUGUUUGAGGAGCUACUAUGAAAUGUUUUUGUUCCUUGAAACACAAGUGAACUGUAGCUGGAACCAAUAUGGGGAAGAUAAUUGCCAUACUGAAAAGAUAAAGCAUGGUGUUUUCUUUCUUGCACAUCUCCUAACAGUCAGCUUUGUUUUUUUGACAAAUUCUAAAGAGCCACAGUCUAAUGGAAAGCAGUUAACCUUGAGGAAUAAAAUAAAAGGCCAGAUGCUGUUCAGCUCUAUGAAAGCAG